AUGAAUCGAAGUUUUAGGGCACAAGAGUCUCUAUUGCUGGAUUCAGCAGAGAGGCAAAGGCAACAACUUAGGGCUUCUAUGAUGGCUGAGAAAGAUGAAGAGCUCUCUUUGUUUCUCGAGAUGAGACGGAAAGAGAAAGAGCAGGAUAAUCUCCUUCUCAACAACUCUGAUGAGUUCGAAACUCCAUUAGGUUCAAAGCCUGGGACUUCACCGGUGUUUAACAUCUCAAGUGGUGCUCCAGCACGGAAGACAGGUCCUCCUGAUGAUUUCCUUAAUUCUGAAGGCGACAAAAAUGACUAUGAAUGGCUUCUGACUCCUCCAGGUACUCCUCUAUUUCCUUCACUGGAAAUGGAAUCCCAUAGGACUAAGAUGAGUCAGACUGGUGAUUCAAAGGGACGCUCAGCUACAAUGACUUCCAGGCUGGCGAAUUCCUCCUCAUCAGAGCCUGCUGCAAGGAACCAUCUAACAUCUAGACAACCAACUUCAUCUCCUGGAUUGAGCUCUUCUAGUGGAGCAACUCGAAGGCCAUCAUCAUCUGGUGGACCUGGAUCAAGACCUGCCACGCCCACUGGAAGAUCAUCAUCACUGACAACUAAUUCAAAAACAUCAAGACCUUCAACACCAACUUCACGAGCCACCGUCUCCUCAACUACAAGACCAUCAAUGACUAAUUCCAGGUCCACUGUAUCUGCAACAACCAAGCCUACGGCUUUGAGUAGGUCAACAAGUUCAUCUAGGCUCACACCUGCUGCAUCUAAACCGACUAUUACAACUGCUAGAUCUGUUGGUUCAACAACUAGAUCCACCACCAGCACCGCCACAAAAUCUGCAGCUCCGUCAAGGUCCACCACGCCUCUGUCAAGAUCUACGGCUAGAUCUUCAACACCAACUUCAAGACCCACACUUCCUCCGCCUAAGACUAUAUCGAGGUCAGCUACACCAACUCGCCGUCCAAUCAGCUCUGCAAGUGCUGCAACCACUACAGCAAAGCCAACGAUAUCCCAAGUCAAGCCUUCUUCUCCAGCGGCGAAGCCUAUGCCAACGCCAUCCAAAACUCCUGCUGUGUCACGUGGAGCUUCUCCUACAGUGAGGUCAAGGCCAUGGAAGCCAUCAGACAUGCCUGGUUUCUCUCUAGAAACACCUCCAAAUCUAAGGACAACAUUACCUGAAAGGCCACUCUCUGCAACAAGAGGCAGACCCGGAGCUCCAAGUCCUCGUUCUGGUUCAGUUGAGCCAGGUGGCCCAGCAGGAGGAAGACCGAGAAGGCAGUCAUGUUCACCAUCAAGAGGAAGAGCACCAAUGUACUCUAGUGGUAGCUCUGUACCUGCGAUUAACCGGAACUAUUCCAAAGCCAAUGACAAUGUUAGUCCUGGGAUGAUGGGAACUAAAAUGGUGGAGAGAGUUAUCAACAUGCGGAAACUGGCUCCUCCUAGACCAGAUGACAACAAGAAUUCUCCUCAUGGUAACUUGUCUGCAAAGUCUUCGUCACCAGACAGUGCAGGAUUCGGAAGAUCGCUCUCCAAGAAAUCCCUUGAUAUGGCAAUAAGGCAUAUGGAUAUACGUAGAACCAUACCAGGGAAUCUGAGGCCACUAAUGACGAACAUUCCAGCAUCAUCAAUGUACAGUGUGAGAUCUGGACAUACUCGUGGCAGGCCAAUGAAUGUUUCAGAUUCUCCACUAGCAACAAGCAGCAACGCAAGCUCAGAGAUCAGUGUCUACAACAACAAUGGCAUUUGCUUAGAGGCAAGCGAGAAGGAAGACGACGCAGGCAGCGAGCGAGGUUGCAGGUCCCCUGCAAGCUUACAAGGGAGAUGA